CACCAAUCAUAGUCCGCAACUUCCGGCUGACUUCCGAACCCAUCUCUGCAUCGAGAAAUGCGGCCCGCCUUGCCUUGCUUAGGUGACAGCUACCCCGAAGUUUCGCGCCGCCACGACUCAUGUGAGCUGCGAUUUGCGGGGGCGAGGUUGCCGAAAGUACAAGGUGUCGGCGUCUGCUUCUCGGCUCUUGAGCUCUUUUUGCGUUGCUUUCCUUCUCCCCUCGAAGAGUCGAAGAGGUUGUUGUAACACUCAUAGACGUCUUGGUGCUUUCUUCUGAGCCUUCUCCGGUUUUGUUACUUCCUGCACUACAUAUCAAGAGCUCCACGAGAUGGCUAAGAUAUUCGAUUUUGCUGAGGUUGCGAAGCACAACACAGCGGAGAGCUGUUGGGUUGUCCUUUACGGCGAUGUGUACGACGUAACUCGCUUCAUUCCCGAACAUCCUGGCGGCAGCAAAGUCAUUCUUCAGCUCGCUGGCAGCGACGCAACAGAAGAGUAUGACCCGAUCCACCCGCCAGGCAUGCUGGAGGAGAAUCUCAAGCCUGAAGACAAGCUCGGCAAGAUCAAUCCUGAUUCUAGGCCCAAGGAAGAACAAACGCCCAUAGAGGCGGGAGAAGCCAAGGAGGAAGGGCCUGUGGACUUGGAAAGCAUACUUAACAUCGACGAAAUUGAAGAGGUAGCAACGAAGAACAUCCCUUACAAGGGCUGGGCGUACUACUACUCAGCCUCAGACGAUCUCACGUCCAAAGCCUUCAACGGUGCCGUUUACCGCCAAAUUCUCCUCCGUCCACGCACUUUCGUCGACUGCACAUCCUGCGACACAUCAACAUCCUUCCUUGGACACAACGUCAAGCUGCCAAUAUAUGUAUCUCCCGCGGCUAUGGCACGUCUUGCACAUCAGGACGGCGAGUGGGGCAUUGCUCAUGCAUGCGAGAAGUUCGGCGCUAUGCAGCUUAUCUCUCAGAAUGCCUCCAUGACACCUGAACAGAUCAUCGCGGACGCGACACCUGGGCAAGUCUUUGGCUGGCAACUAUACGUACAGAACGAGCGGGCGAAGAGUGAGGCAAUCUUAGCACGCAUGAACAAGCUCGAUCCCAUCAAGUUCAUUUGCUUGACACUAGACGCGCCGGUGCCCGGUAAGCGCGAGCACGACGAGCGCAGCAAGAACGUAGGGUCGAAUCUGUCGGUUCGCGCAGCCGUACAAGAAGACCAAAGUGUCAGUAAGACGUCGACUGAGGCAAAGACACCAAAGCUUGCAGGUGUAGGUCAGAGUCUUUUCUGGGGCACCGCAGCAGACCUCACAUGGCGCUCCACACUUCCUUGGCUUGCGAAACAUACAAACAAGCCAAUAGUCCUCAAAGGCAUUCAGACACACGAAGAUGCUUACCUGGCAUCAUGUUACGCGCCACAAGUCAAGGCUAUCAUCUUGUCGAAUCACGGCGGCCGGGCGCUUGAUACUGCACCGCCUGCGGUUCACACACUGCUUGAGAUAAGGAAAUACUGCCCUGAAGUAUUCGAUCGCAUUGAAGUCUGGGUUGACGGUGGCAUCAAGCGAGGUACAGACGUUGUAAAGGCGUUGUGCUUGGGCGCGCGAGGCGUGGGUGUUGGUCGGGCGGCGCUGUUCGGCCUGGGCGCUGGAGGUAAGGAGGGGGUUGCAAGGGUUCUCGAGAUCCUGAAAGCAGAGACAGAGACAUGUAUGCGCCUCCUUGGUGUCGAGAGGGUGGAUCAGUUGGGCAUGCAACACAUCAACACUCGGGCUGUGGAGCGCGAUAUCUACGACGGGCCGUCGUUUGCAAGGGCAGAUGUUGAGAGACUUGCCAAAAACCCUGUGCCAGUGAGGGCGAAACUGUAGUUGACUGGGGUGAUUUAAUAGCAUAGUGUAGUACGAUAAUUGACCGCAUGAUUACCUUCGCCUCAUCGCAUCGUAUGGUG